GGACAGAGGAGCAAAGAGAGGCCGACGCAGGGAUUCGCUUCCCCGGGUGAUUUUACUGAAUUGCACAGCGGUCUUCAGGUGUCAGGAUGUCAGCAAAGGUCAGUGCUGAGCAGAUGGAGGAGAUCAGGGAGGGCUUUCAGAAAGUGGAUGUGGAUGGUAACGGGUACAUCUGCGCCUCAGAGCUCGGUAAUCUCUUCCGUGAGGUGGGCUGUCCUUUGCCUGGAUACCAGAUCAGAGAGCUCCUUCAGAAGCUGGACAGAAACAAUGACAGCCACAUCAGUUUGGACGAGUUCACGGCUAUUUUCCAGGAAAUGAAGGAUGAUCGCAUGGCAAAGGGUUUCAGGAAAGCUCUCAACAAGAAAGAAGGCAUCGUAGCCAUCGGGGGCACCAGUGAGAUCUCCAGUGCAGGAACUCAACACUCAAUCUCUGAGCAGGAGCGCUUUGCCUUUGCCAACUACAUCAACUCUUCUUUGGAGAAGGAUCCAGACUGUAAACAUGUUCUUCCCAUCAACCCCAGCACUGGAGCUCUGUUUAAUGCAGUGGCAGAUGGCAUCAUACUCUGUAAACUCAUCAACCUCUCUGUUCCUGACACCAUUGAUGAGAGAACCAUCAAUAAAAAGAAACUCACUGCUUUCACCACACAGGAGAAUCUGAACUUGGCUUUGAAUUCGGCCUCUGCCAUCGGCUGCCAGGUUGUCAAUAUCGGAGCUCAAGAUCUGAAGGAGGGGAAGCCUCACCUGGUGCUCGGGCUCCUCUGGCAGAUUAUCAAGAUAGGAUUGUUUGCUGACAUAGAGCUGAGUCGCAAUGAAGCUAUUGCAGCAUUGCUGGAGGAAGGGGAGAGUCUGGAGGAACUGAUGAAACUCAGUCCCGAGGAGCUGCUGCUGCGCUGGGCCAACUUCCAUUUAAAGAAAGCUGGCAUGUCCAUAUCAAACUUUUCUGGAGAUAUUAAGGACUCCAAAGCGUAUUUCCACCUGCUCGAGCAGAUCGCUCCAGACGGCAGCAAAGAGGGCGUUCCUCGGGUUGAGAUUGAUAUGACUGGUGUAUUUGAGAAGGAUCUCACGAAGAGAGCCGAGUGUAUGCUCAAACAGGCCGAACGCCUCGGCUGCCGACAGUUUGUAACUGCCACUGACGUCGUGACCGGAAACGCGAAGCUCAACAUGGCCUUUGUGGCCACUCUGUUCAACAAACACCCAGCUCUCACCAAACCAGAGAACCAAGACUGGAAUCUGGAGAGUGAGACCAGAGAGGAGAGAACUUUCAGGAACUGGAUGAACUCUCUCGGAGUCAGUCCACACGUUCACCAUAUCUACGGUGAUCUGCAGGAUGCCAUGGUGAUUCUACAGCUAUAUGAGAGGAUUAAGGUGCCAGUGGACUGGGACAACAGAGUCAACCUCCCUCCAUUCAAAGGGGUCGGAGGAGGGCAUUUAAAAAAGAUAGAAAACUGUAACUAUGCUGUGGAGCUGGGUAAGAAGAAAGCAGGUUUCUCUCUGGUGGGAAUCGGUGGACAGGACCUCUACGAUGGAAAUGCAACUCUAACCCUGGCCCUGGUGUGGCAGCUGAUGAGGAGGUACACUUUAAAUGUUCUUGAAGACCUUGGACAUGGAGAAGUUGCAGGAGAUGAUUUGAUAGUUUCAUGGGUCAACAAGACUUUGACUGCGGCUGGCAAAGGUUCAUCCAUCAAGAGCUUUAAGGACAAAGCGAUUAGUACCAGUCUUCCAGUUCUGGACCUGAUUGAUGCCCUGCAGCCAAACAGUGUGAACUUUGAGCUGGUUAAAACAGGAACACUGUCGGAUGAGGACAAACUGAACAAUGCCAAGUACGCCAUUUCCAUGGCGAGGAAGAUCGGAGCGAAGGUCUACGCCCUGCCUGAGGACCUGGUGGAGGUCAACCCCAAAAUGGUGAUGACCAUCUUCGCCUGCCUGAUGGGAAGAGGCAUGAAGAGGGCUUAAAGGAGACACACACACACACACACACACACAUUGACUGACUGCCUGUUUGACUGGAUGAGACAUGUAGAGAGUGAACAUAGAUAUAAAGUGAUUAUCCUACAUUAGCCAAAAUAGAAGUGCCACUUUAUUCAUCUGCUUUGCAGUGAACAGAAACAUCAGUGAUCCUCUGUGGACUCAAAGGGAAUGUGACUUUUCUAAAUGUUCAGACAGUUUGCAGUGAAGUGGGACUUCUAUAAUGGCUACGUGAAAAAUAUUUGGGGUUUUGGGUUUUUUGUCUGGAUCUCGGUUUUGUGUUUGGGCAGCGAGGCGGCUGAGUGAUUAGCAGAGUCACAUUAGGAAAGACUCGACUUCUCAUAAUGAAUGGGUUUUGUUUCUUCAAGUGUAAAGGCUGUGAUACAUGGGACACAGUGAUCAAACUGUGAUCACUUAACAUCUCUCUGCUCUGCUGAAAAAUUCAAGGUAGUGGUUUUUCUAGUUUUCCCUCAGCAUUUCAUUUCUCUUGAUCUCUGAUGUGAGAACAGAAAAAGGGAUUUUACUGCAAUCUAACAUUUGCAUUCCUGUUUUUUUUUUUCCUAACAUACUUGACAUUUUUACAGCUGCAUUGCCUCAGAGUCUCCCAUGUGUCACUGCCUCAGGGCUCUGCUGUAUGUGCCACUAUGUGCCAGCUAGUUCACAGUCUGAGCAUUUAUUGUACUGAAGCCAUAAUAUUCUUUACUGAAUACUCUUUGGCCUUUUUUUAAAAAAAAAAAAAACAUAUGACCAAAGCUGUGCUAGAUUUAAGGCAGUUACUAUAAAACGGAAUACCUUAAUGUUUUUUACCUUUAAAGUUAAUUUACUUAUCCAUUAAUGCUAACGCAAUUAAGGUAUUAAGAUUAAUGGAUGAAAUAUAUUUUUAUUUUUAAGGGAAAAAUGUAGGUGUUUCCCUUAAUUUAAAUCUCAAAGAGAGUUUUAAUUUUUUAAUUAUGGAGAACAUUUCAUGCUCUGUGGUAAAUGUUAAAAGUGUGUUUUUUACCCCUUAAUAUGUAUUACAGCGUACCAUGCAGAUAAUCCAUUAAAACUCAGCUCAAUAAAUGUAUUAAUUAAUUGACCCCAAAUAUAGAAUGAAUACCUAAAUUUGCACCUUAGUUGAAAAGUUAAGGUCCUUUUAAGGGGACUAAUUAGGGGUUACCUGUAAAAUGAAAAAAAUAAAAUCCCUCCACAUAUUUCAGUCCAUUAAAAUAUCCAUCAUUUAACCACAAAUCUGGGGUUUUAAACAACCUGAAUGCUGAAUAAGAAUCCCUCAAAAUGUAUAAUUAACUAAUCCCAAUUUUAAGAAUAACCUAUAAUGGAUAAGAACUCAUGGCUCUUAAUUUAGAAAAAUAAGAACAGUUUAUUUUUCUUGAUCUAUGCAGCAGUAUAUUUUCUAAAUUGUGGAGAUCUGAAAUGUAACGUGUCAAAGCUGCUACUGCUUACGAGUAACCUCAGUAACACAGAAGGUGAUGUGUGUCUGUAUAUUGUGGAAAAAAAAAGAAGUCACCUGUAGUCAGUGCACUGCUGUCGGCUCUAUCAU